GUGGGGAGAUGCGGAUGGAGACCUUUCUGAAAUCAAAGCUCCUUUAGGCCCCACAUUCAGGAAAGAAUCCUGUUAUGUCGUCCUCUUUUAUAGGCACAGAAUUCCUUGACAACGUAUGUGAGGUUUGCCCUGAUGGAACCUUCUCAGCAACCAACAUGUCAUACACCUGUCAGCCAUGGACCAGGUGUGAAGAGGAAGGGAUGAGAGAAGAAAAGGCUGGGACAGCCACUUCUGAUGCAGUUUGUGUACAAAGAGGCCUUUCUACCACAGCGAUAGCAGUGCUAAUAGUCCUUGCUCUCUCACUUUUAUCUGCAUUUGCUGGAACAGUGUUCUUUUUAUGGAGGAGGGGGAAGAGGAAAUAUGGGGGAACACCUGCACAGGAGACAGGGAUUCAGACUAACACGGCUACCCCUCUGAUACUUUUGUUCUAAGUGAGGAACGACAUUAAUAAUUAUUAUAAUACUUCAUCGUAAUGAAAAAGAAAACAAACUCUAAGAAAGAGAACUCUUGGCAGGUGAUAGGUAAAUGUACCAGCCAUUUGACUGUUAGUAACUGAAUGUUCAUAAUGUCUUUGUUUUACUUUGUCAUAUUUUAAAGGAUGAGUCAAACGGACAGGUGGGGAGAACUUUGAUGCAGUCUGCUACUUAGGAGCAAACAAAGGCAGGAGCCAUUGUCAGCCCUGCACCUGUGAUUGGAUUGGAGGCUUCUGAAAAUCCCCCUUCAUUGAAUUUCAGCGAUCAUCAUCAUUUAGGCCUUCGCUACACUCACGGAUCCACAGCGCUGCCGCGGCAGUGCUGUGAAGCGCGAGUGUAGUCGCGCCACCAGCGCUGCGAGAGCUCUCUCCCAGCGCUGCAAGUACUCCACCUCUCCGAGGGGAAUAGCAUGCAGC